AUACAAUCCAUAACUACAAUCAUCACCAUGCCGGAGCUUAUUGGUGUCGGGGAGUUCCUAGAGGAGACUCGGGAGGACUACAACUCUCCGACAACGUCCACAUUUGUGUCACGUAUGGCACAGUGCCGGCAAACCAUUGCUGCACUAGAAGAGACGCUGGAUUUCGAUCGUGAAGGAUUAACAAAACUGAAGAAAGCUGUUAAAGCCAUUCACAAUUCAGGAAACACCCAUGUGGAUAAUGAGAUGUGCUUGGUGCGAGCACUGGAACGGCUCGGAUCGGUUGCACUGUCAAAGGAGGAACCGGACAUCGGAGCAGCGUUCCUGAAGUUUUCCGUAGUAACCAAAGAGCUAAGCGCAUUGAUGAAAACAUUGAUGCAAAACAUCAACAACAUUGUGAUGUUUCCCGUGGAUUCGCUGCUCAAGUCAGAGCUGCGCGGGAUGAAAGGCGAAAUGAAGCGACCCUUCGACAAGGCGGCCAAAGAUUACGAUUCCAAACUAAUGAAAAUCGAAAAGGAAAAGAAGGCACUCGCGAAGGAAGUUGGCAUGAUGCGAACCGAGGUAACACCGGCGGAAAUAGCGGAAGAAAUCGAGAAAGAGCGCCGUGUGUUUCAGCUGCAGAUGUGCGAGUAUCUUAUAAAAUUUAAUGAAAUUAAAACCAAAAAAGGAAUCGAAUUGCUGCAACACUUGGUUGAAUAUUAUCAUGCUCAAAAUAAUUACUUUAAGGAUGGGCUAAAAACGAUUGCCCACUUCGGUACCUACAUCGAGGAACUCAGUAUUAAGCUUCAAACCAUCCGUCACAAACAGGACGAAGAACGUCGGAAACUGCUCGAAUUGCGCACCCUGCUACGAUCUACGCCCGACUUUGACCGUGUGGAAAAUGUCCCCCCGGGCGAUAAAGGUGGUGCGGUCGGCUAUUCAUUGCAUCAGCUGCAGGGCGAUAAAAAUCAUGGCAUUACGCGCAGUGGCCACCUGUUGAAGAAAAGCGAAGGAAAAGUGCGCCGCGUGUGGCAGAAACGACGGUGCCGUGUGACGGCCGACGGAUUCCUAGACAUUUGCCAUGCGGACGAAACCAAAGCGCCGACACGGGUCAAUCUGCUAACCUGUCAGAUAAAACCGCUCGCCGACGAUCGAAAGGGCUUCGAUUUGAUUAGUUAUAAUCGCUCCUAUCACUUCCAAGCGGAGGAUGAAGCGGAUCAGAAAGCCUGGAUGUCGGUGUUGAUCAACUGCAAGGAAAAGGCUUUGGCGAAAGCGUUCCAGCAUGCCAAUCCGCAGAUGAGUCCGAGCUUAAUAGAGCUGCAAAAGACGGUCAUUAAACACAUACAGAACUUGCCGGGGAAUGAUCAGUGUUGUGAUUGUGGUUCCCGCAACGAUGUUACGUGGAUCAGUUUGAACUUUGGCAUUCUGGUGUGCAUCCAGUGUUCGGGCGUGCAUCGGGAUCUAGGCGUUCACCAUUCGCGCAUACAAAGUUUAACGCUCGAUAAUCUGACGACGGCUCAGCUGCUGGUGGCCCGUGCCAUGGGCAACAAUGCGCUGAAUGAGGUGAUGGAGGCUACCCUUGCACAGGGGAAGCUUGCGCCUGAAAGUUCUAUGGAGGAACGUUACGAUUUCAUUCGUGCGAAAUAUGUUGCCAAAAGGUACGUGAUGCGAACGUGUGCGGAUGAUCGAGAUCUUAGAAACGAUCUUGAGCAAGCCAUUAUCAACGCUGACCUUGGCCAGCUGUUGCAAGUUUGGGCGGAGGGUGCUGAUCUUACUUGUGUUUUGCCAUCUUCGGACUUUGGCGAAACCGCUCUUCAUUUAGCGGUACUGCGCGAGAUGGGCUCAACACUGCACAUAGUAGACUUUCUCAUCCAAAACAUGACAGCGCAGGGUUUGAACAAGCAGACCAAUCCACCCGGCCCGAUGGAAAUGAGUGGCAAAAACACUGCCCUGCACCUAUGCGCGCUGCACGAUCGUCGCGAAUGCAUGAAGCUGCUGCUCCGUUCUGGCUGUGAUUGCGAUAUUCGUAAUUCUCAGAAUAAACUAGCGCUGGAUAUUGCCAAAGAGAUGGGAAACGAAGCUUGCAAAGAAUUGAUUGAACAUGCCAUGAAGAGGGAAAAGAGUGCGUUUGACCAUAUUAACACAGACUGGAACAUACACGACGACGGCUCGACGGACUUUUCCGACGACGAUACGGCACUGAUGGACGAACGAAAAUCGCGCUCCCGUCCGCCAAGCUUUGUUGGGGGAGAUUCACCGGUAGCGUUACGAUCGCGAUCGUCCACGUGCGACUCGAUACAGAGUGGGUCCAGUCCGAGCUCGAGCUGCAAUCCGAAUGCGGUGCGCGAUCCGCGCCAGAUACCACCAAUCCCCUCCUCCGGUACGAGUCCAAAACAGUUCAAUACGUCCGCAUCAUUCUCCUCGCAUUAUGCUAGCGGCAGUGGCACUAGCGGUGGGUCGGUGUCGAACGUUGCACCCACCGCGACCGGUUCUAGUCCCAUAUCUAGCAGCACCGGUGGCAUCACCCGGCAGGGAGUUGCUGCCACGUCGCAACUAACCUCCACAAGCGUUACGCCGUUUAAUGUGUCCACCAGUAAAAAGCCAUCAUCUGUAAAUUUAGGCUCACUGAAGAAACGUACGGCACCGGCACCACCACCAACUACGUACGGAACAUUACCACACGCGCCACGCCAUUCGCAGAACUUGGAAAACGAGCUGUUCGGUGUAGCGUCCCAGCACGGCUUACAUGGACUGCAUCACCACCAUCAUCCGGAUAUGUACAGCACACUGCCACAUUUGCGAGGAUCCGAUCCGGCAUCGAACAGUAGCGCAUCGUCCGUCCCGGCCGCACUGCUGUCGAGUGAGAUUCGCGGUGGUUCGACGAAAUCCAUGCAGGCACAGCUUCAGUUUGAUAACAAAAUUUUCGACCGCUACGAACCGUACACUUCUGCUUCAGCGGCCGUAGUCACGGGUGGUGCGGGCGGCGGAAGCCGAGAUCCAAACUUCCUGAGCACAUUCACUGGUGGCCAUAAGCGGUCCCCCAGUGGCGAAUCACUUGGCCGAAAUUUGGCCGGUGCAAAACUAGUUCUGCCACCAGCUGGUGAAAUUCCGCAGCUAAAGCCUGUGUCCAACCGUCCCAAGCAAUCAAUCCCUUCUCAAGUGGCCGGAACAAUCAUAGGCAACUCAGAAAAAUCAACUUCCAACGGACAAUCUAAUGAAAGCUUGUCCUCCAUCGAUGAUGCUAUUGUUAUGAGACGGAAGACGAAAGGACCUACAGCAGCUGUGGACUAUGAUACAAGCAUGGAUGGAAUUGCGAAGGGAACGGUAUAUGCAGACUAUGAUACUUCUGGUAUACGAAUAAACACGCUAGACAACUCGGUUGCAUCCUCAUCCGGGGGUAAUAUCGAUUCUGCCAACAGUAGCUACAGUCGGAAUGAUAAGAGCGGAAGCACUGCAGGGUCAGCCGGGUUAGAUUCUUUUAACUUAUCCAGUAGAAGUUUUACCGGAGCAUUACGACGGUGUCGAGCACUCUACGACUGUAACGCGGACAAUGACGAUGAGCUGGAGUUUAAAGAGGGUGAAAUACUGCUGGUACUAAACGAACGAACCGAUGACGAAAAUUGGAUGGAAGGCCAAAUCGAAGGAGACAGCACGCGGCGGGGCAUGUUUCCAGUCAGUUUUGUACAAAUGAUGGACGAUUAAAGGGCAUUUCGAUUAGUGAGGGAG